CAAAACGGGUGUGUUCCGAAAGCACUAACGCAAAGAAAAGUCACUAUCGAGAGAAUUGAAAACAGUUGCUGUGGGAAAACAUGAAAAUAGCUAUAGCUCGUGAAAAGUGAAAUUAAAUUAUUGAAAGUGCAAGCAUAUCAAAUUGGAAAACCGCAUCGUUCUCCACACGUGAGAAAUUACAAAAAAAUACGCGAAAAAUAAACAUCAAACAAAGUUCAUUUAAAAGGGGGUGCAGCAACAGCAGCAGCUGAGUAGUAAAACAAAAGAAAAACGUCCGUGUACGGUAGCCGCAAACAAAGAGCGAGAGUAAACGAGUUUAGGGAAGUGCAAAAAGAGCGUGGGUACAUGUGAGAGUGCAAAUGAAACCGCUAAUUGCACAAACACAAGAAGCUUUGAAUAACAACAACAAGCCAGAAAACACCCUACAAACGACACACCGUACAAAAACAAUAGCAAAGCCAACAUCAAGGGGCUAAUUACAUACGAGUUGUUUGUGUUAUUGGGACCCUAUUGUAGCAGGGGUAAACAAAAAUCAUACUUUUGGAGCUUGGAGCUACGUGCAAAUGCGAAGAGAACUUUGGUCAACUAAAUUGUGUGAUUAAAGAGCGUACAUUUAAUAAUAUCAACAACAACAACAACAAAUAAAACAGGGGCGUCACAUGGUGGCAGCGCUGCCGCAGAACUGAAGGCGCAGCGUUCAACAGCAGUUGUUCAUUAUUGAAUGGGAAGCAAACAAGCGAACAUUUCGAAGCAGCGACGUCAGUGACUAGCUACGUUGCUGAUGUGAGGCUAUGAGACGGCAUUGAGUAUGCCAACAGAAGAGUUCGUUCCAACAAGACGGGAGCAAAGCAGCUGAAGAAUUUCAAUAAGAUUUGUGUAAAGAAAAAACAUAAUGUUUGCAAUUUAAAAAUUGUAACAUUUAAAGAAAAUCGAGUGCUAAAGUUUCGAAAUCAAUCGCAUGACGAUGAAGUGUAUUUUAGUGUUAAAUAAGAAAUAAAUUUUAUAAUGAAAUUGAGACGUGCGAACGUGCUAUGGAUGAUGUAUGGUCAUGGAAAUGUGCGGGGAAGUGAGGUGCAGAUAAAGUAAGAAAGCAGCGUUGGCGCAAGUAAACCGAACGUAUACCGAUGUGUGAAUAUGUAAUUCGUACAUAACUACAUACAGUGGAAGUUGGGGAAAAAAUAAUUUACAUAUUGCUAAAAUAUUCAAAUGAAAAAUUGUUUGAAAACUGAAAUUAAAAGUGCAAAUAAUUUUAAUUAUACAAAAAACACAGAAAACAUGUGAGUACAUACUGAAAAGGCAAUACAUAUGUAUUUAACUAAUAGCUGAAGAAGAAGCAGAAUAAGCAAAAGUGUAGAUAAGUAAUGCAAGAAAAAACAGCAGUGCUAAGAAGCAAAGCAUUAUUACGUUCAAGAGCAGAAAAAAGUAUCUUGCCGAGUAUAGAGAUUUGUGGAGCUGUGCAUAUGUAUAUGUAAAUUGAUUAAAAACUGGCAAUAUAUCAGAUAUAUAUAGUUGCAUAAACAUAUUUGUUAAUAUUAAAUAUUUGGUGUAAAGAUAUUGGAAGUGUUUUAAAAACAUAACAACCACACAGCGUUGAAGUAAGACGGGCACUAGCUAGUGGGCAAGAAGAGCGGCGACGUGUUAGAGGGGGCGUUGGGCGUAAACAGCUGUGAACACAAUUUUUUUUCGGUGGUCAAAUGUUGGACAAUUUUUAAAAUAUGUCUGUGGUAAAGGUGUUAAACGAAAUUUGACUAUUACAGUUAACAUAGCAAUCUACGUAAUUUGGUGACUAAUUAAAGAAAAUAAAAAUUUUCACUGAUUUCUAACGUGUGAUUACUAUUUGGAGACACAAAAAUACUACAUAUAUAUAAUAUAACAAGCGUUUAUGUAUGCACAUACAUAUUGAUGCAGAAUACACAAUAAAAUUUAAUUUACAUUUAAAUGUAAAUGUAAAUAUUUCGAAAAUAAUCGAAAUUAUAACUACAAUUUAGGAUUGUAGUGUGGCAUUAACUAUCCACAUCAAUACAAGUUACUAACAUGACUUCCGCCGAUUGUAUGGAGUCACUGCUCAGCUCUAUGUCCAGUACUUUUGAUGCUGAAUGCGCUACGAGUACCGCUGAAGGUGGUUCGCUGCUCAAUCACGAUUUGGCCGAAGACAAAACGCUGAAAUGGCGCACUAUGGUGAAUAAUCGAUUCGCAUGCAAAGAUAAGGACAGAAAAGUACACACACAUAAGCAGCAGGCGUCAACAACAACAUCGACGGCCAACAGCACUCAACAGGAGUGCAAACAAAGCCCAAACGGCAGUACCAACAGCAGCAGCAACAACAAUAACAAUACCAAACAUAUAAAAUUGGAGCAAAUAGCCAAGGGCAGCGACAACAAGUUGGUGGACGUACCAAACAAAAGUGAAAAUAAAGUAAAAUUAACUGUACAGGAUCAAGAAGAUCGUACAUCCACAACCGAUUUUAUGGAAGAGCAAAUGAAAGAGCUUUUGGCCGAUGAAGAGGACUUGCAACAAACGACUGAACCGACAACAAGUGGCGCUGCUCCACUACUAGUGGUGCACGCUGAAUGUAUGUCGGCUGUGAGUAAGGAGGAAGCAAUUGGCAUAGAAGAUAAAGUAUCUUUGCAUGAAAGUGAAACUUCAAUUGCUGCAGGCAACACCAACGUUGAUGCAACGCACAGGAAAAGACGCAGCAACACCAGCACUAGCAAUAGCAAUUGCAGUAACUACAAUAGUAGCAGUAACACCAGUAUUGGUACACUCGCUCAAGGUCAAACCGAUGACAGUUUACAUGACAGCACCACUGACACAAAACGUACAUGCCAACAAGUUGUUGCAUACGCCGCGCAUGGACAGCUGGAUGCUGAAAUGACAGCAGAGACAGUAAAUGCUGAUUUGGAAGCCUCCUCCUUGGUUGCAGCCACAAUCAGCGCGGAUGCUGCAGACUUAGUUUUAGUUGAAUUGGAUACAAUCAAACAAGAUAUCGAUGAUAUAGAUGAAGAUUUGCUUGCAACAUCGUCCAGAGCAGAUUCAUGUGAAAUACCAAUUGUUGAUACUAUAACAACAACAGCAAUUACACCAACAUCAAAUAUGCUAGUAACAACUGCAGCGCAGCUGCCGAAAGAGGAAAUCACCAGCACAACCCCCAGCAACAUAUGUAACAGCACACUGCAAAGCUUAGAGCAGGGAGUAGCCGCUGAGAAUGAGCGUGCGAAAACAGCCGAUAGCGAUGUGGUCAACAGCGAUGCUAUUGAUAAAAGUGCCACCAAUGUGCGUGCAGCCAGUGUUAGUCCCCUACGACGCGUACGCCGUAAGCGUCGAUUAUCCGAGGUUGCAAAUCCACCCGAUUCACUGCCUGCUGACUCAACAAAUACGGUAACAAAGGUGGAAAAUGUGGAAACGUCUGCAAGCGCUGACGAAGACCAACUACCAACGAAGCUGGAGCCGGUACAAAACAUUAAUUUUCCUACCACAACAACUGAUGCUGCUGCGCCGCCAACAGCUACAACUACUAUAGCCGCUGGAGCGCUUGAAACAGCAGCAGCGGCGGCGGCAGCUGCAGCGCAAACUCAACUGCAGCCGGUGAAGCGUGGGCGCGGGCGUGCCAGAAAAAUCACUGUGACCAUGGAGGGUUGUGAGCAAAGUGUUGAUUUGCCAGCGAGAGAGGAGAAUAAACAGCAGUUGGAGCCACCGGUGGAUGCAGCGGUAAUAGCGGCGCCGCAAGAGCGCAAAACAGUUGGACGGAAGCGCAAACAAGUGGAUGAAGGUGGCAGCAAUAAUGUGGAAAGUACUGCUUUAGUCACAUUGCCAGCCAUUAAAAUAGAGCAGGAUGCCAAUGACAGUACUGUAAGUGGUAAGGAUGUGUCGCUGAGUCCUGGCGCAGGCGCGGAUGGUGGUAAGCGCAUGCGCCGCAGCGUGCGACUUGGUAAUCGUACUGACAGCAGCGCACCGCCUAGUGGCAACAGCAAACAAUUGGAGGGUCCACCACUUGAAGAAAUCAAAAUCGAACCAACAACUUGUGUUGUAAACCCACAACUGACGCUAGUCGAUCCGCUAAGUCUGACAGAAGCACCAGCAAGUGUUGGUAAAUCGCCCAUACCGGCGGUGGAAGAGCGCACGCCACCAAAGAAACGCGGACGCAAAUCGAAACUACAUCACCUGCAGCAACAACAACUGCAGCAGCAACAACAGUUAGAAAAAUCACAAUCUGGCGCUAGUGGCGCGAAUAGUGAGAGCAGCGAUCACACACCGCCCGGUUCGGCAACAAAACGCAGCAGUCACAAUGCGGAUGUUGUCAUACCAAAGCGUUCACAGCGACGCAUUAAGCCAACGACGAAAAUACUUGAGAAUAGCCAGCUGCGCUAUGAAUUCGAAACGAAUAAUAUAGUGCGUUUAACGCAGGCGCAGAACUGGGAGGAUAGCGGCGGCAGCGGCGCGCAAAAUGCGGAAUCCAAUGCUGCCAUAGAAGCAGAGAAAACGCAUACGGGUAACAGUCGGCAGGUGAAGUCGGAGAAGGCUGAACGCGCGGACGCUGUUGAAGAGAAAACGACGACACAUGGCUCGAACUCCGUCAAGAAAAAGGUGUGUGGUAAACUAUUGCGUGACAUUGAGGCAUCACGUGCUGCAUUGCUGGCCAAAGCGCAAGCGCAACUCGCGCGUCCACGCUGUCCGGACGUCGAUAAAUUCCUGAGCGAAAUCAAAGCGUCGAAGUGGCAUACCAAUCGCUUGUCCGAGGAGCGUAAACUCACCAAGAAGCAGCAGCGCAAGCUCGCCAAACAAAAGGAAAAUAAUUUGCGCAAGUUGGGACUGCGGCGCAACACCAGCGAGGAGGCGAGCGAUAUAGAGAGUCUAAGCGACAAUGAGGAGUUCGUGCCGACUACGCGCGUACAGGUGGAGCGACGCAGUCAUACGCUGCGUCAGCGCUCCGCAAUUAAAGAGCGCACACCAACACCAACAGCGGCGCCUGCGCAAUCAACGCCAGUGCGCGCUGCAACCGCUUCGCCAACAAGCGCCAAGGCGGGACGUAAGCCGCAAGCGCGUCAACGUAAUGCCGCUGAGAAACCGCAAGCAACAGCAGGAACAGCAGCGUCCACUAAGUCAACUGCAAGCGCUUGCAAACAGAAGUUGCUGAAAGCGCCCUCGCUGGAAGUCAUAGAAAUCAAUGAAUCAUCAUCACAAGAGCUACAAUCGCCCAGCAGCCGCUCAGCGGGUUUGCCCGCCGCCACCGUCAGCGCGUUGAACGCCAUUGGCACAGUGGUGACCAUACCAACGCCAUCGCCACCUGCGCGUACAGCACAGCAGCGCAAUUUAAUUUGCUAUUGUGAGAAGAAAACGCAAUUCUACACGCGCAACACGCCCGAUACGGCCUACUGUUGGGCCAUCGACAACAUCGAGGAGCAGAAGGUGGGCUGCAGCAAUCAGCUGAGCGGUGACGUGUUCAAUCUGUUGCGCCCCAGUCAGCGCGUCAGCUACAUGGUGCUGUGCGAGGAUCACAAGAAGCGACUGCGUACGCACAACUGCUGCGCCGGUUGUGGCAUUUUUUGCACGCAGGGUAAAUUUGUGCUUUGCAAGCGUCAACAUUUUUUCCAUGCCGAAUGCGCCGAGAAAUUCAUACUCAGCAGCCCCCAUGAUGCACAGCAUGCGGCCGGCAACUAUACUAGUCCCACAUUGGUGUUGAAGUGUCCGCAUUGCGGCAUCGAUACGCCAGAACGUACCUCCAUCGUCACGAUGAAAUGCCAAACAUUGCCUGUAUUCUUGCCUAGUCAAAGAGCGCCAAAGAUCAAAGCGGCGAAAAUGCCGUUGCCUGUUUUAAGCGGCGCACCACAAUCAAAUGGCCAUUCCGCUGCUGUUGCAGUAAAUAGCAUUGCAAGCGUAAAUGCGGUGGGCGUCGGCGGCGCCUCAAUUUCGCUUACUACUGCUGCCGCCAGUAAUACAGUGCCGCUGCGCACGCUGCGCACGCUGCGCGCGCAUCAAAUCAAUUUCGAGCAACUCAUACCCGAGUCAGUGAUGAAUGUGGUGUUGCGCGGCCGCGCGCCAACAAGCAAUCGUGAUGCGCGUCGCGGCGCCAGCAGCACACGCAGCUCGAUUUCGGAGUUCUCCACGCGCGACAUGUACUAUGCGGUGAAAAAUGACGAUCUCGAGCGCGUGGCGGAAAUACUCGCUUCUGAUUUUGAUGUGAAAACGCGCAUGCGCGAAUUCCUCAAUGGCACCUGCUUGCAUUUGGUAGCGCUUUCGGGCACCUUGCCGAUGGCUUUUCUGUUACUUUGCAAGGGCUACGCCAAGGAGUUCAUAAAUAUGUUGGAUCGUGAGCUGCGCACGGCGUCCAUGUGUGCGGUGUUGGGUGAUAAGUGUGAUAUACUGAAUUUGUUCAUACAAUGCGGCGCUGAUUUGGCCAUAAAGGGUCUGGAUGGCAAAACUUGUCUGCACAUCGCCGCCAAAUUGGGUAAUCUGGAGGCGGCGCAAUUAAUUAUCGAUAGUUAUCGUUCAUGCCGUAGCAUAUUGAAUUUUAUGGACUUCAUAAAUACACAGGAUGAUGGUGGCUGGACCGCUAUGGUGUGGGCAGCAGAGUUGGGACAUACAGAAAUUGUGAGUCUACUACUCAAUCACGGUGCCGAUCCGAAUAUUUGCGAUAAUGACAAUAACACUGUGCUACAUUGGGCCACACUACAUAGUAAUGGCUUGGAGACGAUCACAAUGUUGCUGCAAGCCGGCACCGAUUGCAAUGUACAAAAUGUAGAGGGCGAUACGCCGCUACACAUCGCCUGCCGUCACUCCAUCACCCGCCUCUGUAUAGCGCUUAUCGCUAACGGCGCCGAUUUGAUGGUAAAAAAUAAGGCCGAUGAGUUGCCAUACGAUUGCAUACCGCACGAGGAUUCGGAAUGCGCACGUACAGUUGGUUUCAAUAUGCAAAUGCGUUCAUUCCGUCCGUUGGGGCUGUGCAGUCGCAUUAUUUGCGAUGACAUUUCGAAUGGGCGUGAGGCGCGCCCCAUACAAGUAGUGCGUAAUGAGCAGAAAUUGUGCGGUAAUGCGUCGGGAGCUGAGCAGAAUGGUGGCAGUGAGCUGUUGUCGAGCGCUUCAACGGCCGCUGCUGCAGGCCAUGAUGAGUCUGAUGAGAUUAUGCUGCCCGAUCUGAAGUAUAUCAAGAAGUCGAUAAUCUUGCAGAAUUGCAUGCCAAUCGAUUAUCGGGUGGCGCAAAUGCGCAUUUGCUCGUGCUUGGAUGGCUGCAUUUCAUCGCAGUGUCAGUGCAGCGAGGCAUCCGGUCAAAAUUGGUAUACGGCUGAGGGUCGUUUGAGUGCCGAUUUCAAUUUCGAAGAUCCAGUGCCCAUAUUCGAAUGCAAUGAUGUCUGCGGUUGUAAUAAGCUCUCUUGUCGUAAUCGUGUGGUCCAAAACGGCAUACGCAUACCACUGCAAGUGUUCGAAUGCAAUGACACCACCAAAGGUUGGGGUGUACGCACGCUCGUGCAAGUGGCGAAAGGCUCCUUUGUCUCCGAGUAUAUCGGCGAAAUACUCAGCAAUACGGAAGCCGAUCGUCGCACCGAUGACAGUUAUUGUUUCGACUUGGAGAAUGAUCAUUGCAUCGAUGCAAAUUACUUUGGGAAUGUUAGUCGUUUCUAUAAUCACUCGUGCGAGCCGAAUAUUGUGUCGGUGCGUGUGUUCUUCGAACAUCAGGAUUAUCGUUUUCCGAAAAUUGCAUUUUUCGCUUGUCGUGACAUACAGGCGGGCGAGGAGUUGUGUUUCGAUUAUGGCGACACAUUUUGGCUUUUCAAGAAUCGCCAUCUCUCCUGCAAGUGUCUAACUGCCGCUUGUCGUUACGCGCUGGCCAAUCCCGAGGGCGUUGUUGCUGCGUCGCCAACGAAUGCAGUGCUGUUGCCUACUACAACGGUUUCAAUCGGCGCUUUACAGCAGGCGCCGGAGGCAGCAAGCAAUAGUAAUUUAAGAAAUGGUCAUGCUGCCUAAAUGUUUGUAGUUUUAAGUUGUAAUUUUAGUUAUUAAACUUAUGUCAUUGUAUAGGUUUUAGGCAAUUUAAGCAUUAUUUGCAAAAUAUGUAAAUUAAUUUUUUAAAAUAUAUUUUGAAAUAUACAUACA